GCAGAAGAAGGGGCUUGCAAUUUGUGUGCAGGAGGGGAAGAGAACAAGUCGAGGGCCUCUGGAUUAGCAGACUGAGGAAAGGAAAAAAGGUCUAUUCCUACUUCUUCCUCAAACAUAAUUUCAGGGGUGACAACAUCUCUCUGGACUAAGCUAUAGUGACUCCAAAAGCCCCUCUGGACUGUGAGAUAUAGGUAUUUUGUCUCGCUCGCAUUGUGGAGAAAUUCUCCAUCCUGAGCUUCAGCAAUGAAUUUCCUCCGAAGGCGCCUCUCGGAUAGUAGUUUUGUGGCCAACUUGCCCAAUGGCUAUAUGAUGGAUCUGCAGCGUCCUGAUAACUCCACUAGCUCUCCAGGUUCUCCAGCAACUGAGAGGAAGCAACAGCAGCAGCCAUCUCAACCAUCACCCUCUUCUUCUUCUGGAACCAGUAUCUUCAGUUCCAUCUCCAGUGCCAUGAAGCAGACCACACAAGCAGCUGCAGGACUGAUGGAGCACUCAGCAAGCCCUGCUCCUGUGGCUCAGAAACCCAAGAUCCUUUUGGUGAUUGAUGAUGCUCACACGGAUUGGGCCAAGUAUUUCCAGGGGAAGAAGGUGAAUGGAGAAUUUGAGAUCCGAAUGGAACAGGCUGAGUUUUCAGAGCUGAACCUGGCUGCUUACGUUACUGGUGGCUGCAUGGUGGACAUGCAGGUCAUGAGGAACGGCACCAAGGUAGUAAGGUCCUUUAAGCCUGACUUUGUUCUGAUUCGACAACAUGCCUACAGCAUGGCACUAGGAGAGGACUUUCGCAGCCUCAUCAUCGGCCUGCAGUAUGGCGGAGUCCAUAGUGUCAACUCCCUUUACUCCAUCUAUAACUUCUGCAGCAAGCCCUGGGUGUUCUCUCAGCUAAUUAAAAUCUUCAACUCACUGGGUCCUGAGAAGUUCCCCCUUGUGGAGCAAACAUUCUUCCCAAGCCAUAAGCAGAUGCUCACAACCCCAAAUUUCCCUGUCGUGGUCAAGCUGGGACAUGGUCACGCUGGAAUGGGGAAGGUAAAAGUCGAGAACCAGUAUGACUUCCAGGAUAUGGCUAGCAUGGUUGCCAUGGCAAAAACCUACGCCACCACCGAGGCGUUCAUCGACUCCAAGUACGACAUCCGAAUCCAGAAAAUUGGCAGCAAUUACAAAGCUUACAUGAGGACAUCCAUCUCUGGGAACUGGAAGGCAAAUACAGGUUCUGCCAUGCUGGAGCAGAUCGCAAUGACAGAGAGGUACAGACUCUGGGCGGACUCCUGCGCCGAGAUGUUUGGAGGCCUCGAUAUUUGUGCUGUCAAAGCUGUCCACAGCAAAGAUGGGAAGGACUAUAUCAUUGAGGUGAUGGAUAGCUCAAUGCCCCUGAUAGGGGAGCACGUGGAGGAGGACACACAGCUCGUAGCUGAUCUGGUUGUCUCCAAAAUGACUCAGCUUCUUGUGACUGCAGGAUCUACCCCUUCACCUCCGAGGCCUUGGCCACAACAAGUCCAGCCUCAGUCAAUGAAAUCACAGAUGCAGCCUCAGCCUGGACCCCAGCUUGGACAACUGUCCCAACCACGGCCACCUCCUCAAGGGGGUCCACGCCAACCUCAGGGAUCUCAGCCUCCACGGACUGGAGUACCUCCACAACAACGGCUCUCUCCUCAGGGCCAGCAGCCCCCGAGUCCCCAGUCUAGCUCACCUCAGCAGCAGAGGUCGCCUGGAUCCCCCCAGCUAACACGAUCUUCCACUGGGACCUCCCCAGUCCAGGCCUCCAAGCUGGGCAUCUUCCCACCACAGCAGCCUAGACCCCCUGCCCAAGGACGGGCUCCUGCUCAACAAGGCCUUGGUGAAACACCCAAGCAGCAGGCCUCCCCACAUCCACACCUGAACAAAUCCCAGUCCCUGACGAACACCUUCAGCAUAUCUGAAUCAUCACAACGGGGAAAUGCCAACGAAGAUGAGGCAAAAGCUGAAACAAUUCGCAACCUGAGGAAGUCUUUUGCUAGUCUGUUUUCUGAUUAACAUGCCUGGAGUCGGAGCAGUGCUUUUGUUAGCGCACUCUUCAUAUCAACCUACCUGAUGUUAUCGUGGAAUUUACUCACUGGUACCUACUCAUGCAAAAUCUGGGACCAUAAUCCUUCAAGCAAUCUUUUCUUUUUGCCCAGGAAUUAGUUAGCCCUAGAAGUUUUAAUUUUAAGAGUUAUUCCAACAUGGGCCAGAAAAGUGAUUAUGUAAAAAUGGCACUUGGUAAAUCUGCUCUGUGUGCAUAGUCAGUCAGAUCUGCUUACUUGAGUGACUUGAAAUAAUUUCAAGGUACUUUUCACUCCUAUUACCCCUUUCUGAGACAACACAGCUUUUGGAGACCAAAUUAGAUUCUAUUUUGGCUUGCACAUUAUCAAUAGAAUGAAUAACUACGGUCCCAUUACAGACUCUUUAUUCUCAUUGCAGCUGAUCCAAAAGGAACAGAGUUUGAUUUCUGAUGCAAAUGUGCAGAGACUGAAAUUAGAAUAAACAUCUGUUUACUUGUAAAGUGAGCAUGUUUGAUUUGGAAAUCAUGGAGACACAAUGAAUUUGGAACCUCAUAAUGCUAGCUUUACAGAGUCACUUUUCUGAGCAGAAACACAUUUCAAGUAAAACUUGGUAUCAGCUGUAAGUCCCAGAGAUCACUGGAGCAGGGUGUAUAUUGGAUUUCUGCUCUGCUCAGGGCCGUCUUACCAGUAGCAAUGUAAAUGUCACUGUUUCAUACCUUGAGGCUAUGUUUCCUAUAUGUGUUACUUGAUUUCUGGGAGAAAGGUGUCAUGUUAUAACCCUGCAGCCAUAGCUCAAAAAUAAACCAGAAAAUAGGACUGCUGCACAUCUUGAAAAAAAUGGAUAAUUUAUGUUCAAAUAUAGUUCACAUCAACUUCAGAUAAAAUCCAUCCAAGCUGCUAAAUCUGUGUAAUCUGACUUGGUUGCUUCUGACUAAAUGAUCUCUGUGGGACAAGAUUAAUUAGUAGCAGAAUUUAUGAGGUGUUCAUACUCUAUUAUGAAUCUUCCAUGCUACAAACUGGCAAGAGCCAUGGGGUAAAAUCCUGGCCCCACUUCAGUCAGAGGGAGUUUUUCAUGGACUUUAGUGAGGCCAGGGCUUCACCCAUGGAGUCAAUGCAAGGUGAGAGACCUGUGACUGGAUGGCUUCCCCCUGGAGAACUAUCACUUGGGAGAGAGAACAACCACUAGAGCCUGGUGACUCCCGAAGUGGGAAGACAAUGGUAUGCAGAACAAGUUUACAGCUGGAGCCAUGAUGGAUCUCAUUGCCCACUCUUUUUAAUGACUGCCCCAAGGAAUCGCCCCUCGGGCAGAUUAUCAGUAUUACAGGUACCCCAAAGAAUUAUUUUUCUGGAGAACUCGUAAGUGUGGCAGAAGGGACCCAUAGUUGAACCACUGCCUGCUCUGCUUUCCCUUGUGGCAUAUGACAGUCUAAAUCAGGGGUGUGUGCAACUAGCUUUGGACUGAGCCAUGACAAAAAAAAAAUGAGUGACAGAAGCUAUAUGAAUAGCUGGACAUUAGUGGAGCUAGGACAAUUUACCCCAGCUGAGGCUUUGCUCCUUGGAACAGGAGUUCAAUUUACAACACACCAGCUGUGGGUGUGGUAUUUCCAUCCCACCAAUCUUAUGCACAGGAAGCAAGGCCCUGUGAACCCCAGUGAGGAGGCAGAUGACACAGAAGACAUUUCUGCUAGACUUUCCUUCUGGGUCUAUCUAGUAGUGUUGUACCAAUCCUCACAUGUAUCUUUAGGGGCUAGACCCUUGAGACCAUGUCCCCUUUGCAGCACACCAGGAAGUUCCUGUUUGGAGCUGAGUGAGGACAUUUUAUGGAUCUCAAACACAUUUCAGUGUGCAGCUCUGCCUGUGCUUUAGUGCUUUCCUGUAACCUGAAAUGGGAACAGAAACCCAAAGUAGCAAGAAAAACAGCAGGCUGGCCAUCUUGGAUUUUACACCAACAUGGGAAUAAAGCCAGACAAUUCAUUCCUGCACAACACCAGUAACAAUUGUCACCACAGUACAGCCAUAGGGACCCAAGGCAAUCAGCUCCCAGGGACUCUCCUGACUGGGUUGUUGUAGAUGAAAUGUCUUUGGUGAGCUGUGUGCUUUCCGGCAUGCCACUUUUUCUGGGUGGGAAGGCUCUUUGGACCAACGAAUUAUGUCUGUCAGUUAAUACUGAAGAAAAAUAACCACCUGAUUUAUAUUUUCCUUCUGUGCUUCCAGAUCUUCCUUUUGGGUUUGCUAAGUGGUGAAACACGUAGCACUGUAACUGCAAGUUACUGCUCCUGUGCAGGAGCAAGAAAGUGGCGCAUGCUGCUUUGCAGUCUCCAGGCGCAAUAAGAGGGUGACAAAUGGCCUUGAAUUGCCAUGAGCACACACUGUACACUGUUAAAAACAAUAGCUGAUUUAACAGGCUCCAUUUUGUGGAGAGAAGGUACUGCAACUCUGGUGUGGGUGGGGGUGUUCCUUCUUUACAUAAACACAGCAAUUCUUAGGCUCUUUCCUUUCUAUCUAGGCUGUUCUAGAGAGUAAAUGUUUCCAGGGCACAGCAAAGAAAAGGGCUCACUGCCAGAAAUCUCAGCUGUUCACCCCCACUUAUAAACUAAGUAACUUGUUUUGCUUCCUCUUUCCAUCACUGUCUAUGCAAAACUGAAAUAACUAGGAGACUAGUCUGGCAUUGCACUUCACAUCAACCCACAGUGGUCACUGUACCACUACGAGAUUUUUUAUUUUAAACAAAGAAUCAAAAAGUUAAAAAUUUACAUCUUUGUCUGAACAGCUCAACUGGUGCGGCUGUAAUAGCAAAGGUGUCAGUGUUACUGGCACACAGCUUAUGAGAUAAUAGGACUGGUUUAUAGAAAUUGUUAGGCUUGCAGAAUUGCCAUGAAUAAUGUGAGGUAACAAAUCCAUUGACAGUAUAAGAGACAGACCUGCUCAUUGAGGCAUUUAGAUUUAUGCUCCCAAAUGUCAUCUUACAAGCGGCAAGCAAACAAAUUGGAACACCUAACUAUCCCUCACAAAAACCAAGGGCUGCAGUGUCAGCAGCCACAAUCAAUCUUACUUGGUAAUUCAUGUUCAGUCAGUGCUCUAGCUCCCGAAUAACAUUUCAAUUUCAUGCCACACAAGAGGUCUGACAAAUCAGAAGUGCUGUAAAUUGCAGGCAGCCAAGUUUACAGAUUAGAGGUAAGAGGGGUAUGUUCUAAGUUGAUUAUUAAUAUUCCAGUUGCACAUAGGAGCCUCAACCCACCAUCAGGGCCACCCUUGUGCUUGGGCAGAUUUGCAAAAGCACCUAUUGCUUUUAAAACUGCAAAUUCCACUGAAGUCAAUGCCACUUUUGUGCACCUAAAUCUGAGGCACUAUUGAAAGUCUCCAAUCAAUAGCAAGAGACAGGCCUCAUCACAAAGAGCUGAUAGUCUAAAUAGACAGGAGAGUGAGAUGGUGGGAGAAGGGUAGUAUUAUCCCCAUUUUACAGAUAGGAAACAGGCACGGAGAAAUUAAGUAACUUGUUCAAAGUCACACAAGAGUGGGGUUUAGUGGGUGUAACUCACAUGCCAAGGGCCUCAAAGAGAUGCGUGUAGCAGAUCAAUUUACUUUCUAUUAGUUGCUUUAAGUAGGAUGUACAUGUACUUUAUCUUAUACAUUCUUUUAGGCCUUUGGCUUGGUCAACCAACAUAGUCUCCUUAACAAAGUUACUGCAGUUUGCUGCUCAUUCAGCUAGAGUCAAUAAUGCUAUAUGCAGCACAAGAAUUCGGUGCUGUGGAAGUAACAGCAUCAGACAGGAUAUCAGGGGGAAAACAAUAUACUGUCCAUGGGUGUGCUGUUUGCUACUAGAUUCUGUUACAAUAAACAGCAGAGAGGAAGGCAGGUGGCUCACUCCAGAGUCUGAAGAUGAGUGACACAUAUGGAAGCUUUUGGGAAAAGAGGGACUUGCAGAGCUUAUAAGAACAGGAACUGAUGAAUUACAAAUACACAGCAAUUCUGUUUUCAUGCACCUUGCCUACAGAUAAAGAGUGAAUAUAUUCUUGUGUAUGACAGCAGCAGAAAUGUUUGUAAAUAUACAGUUUCUCAGCCUAAUCAGUGCACCUAGAUGUAAAAGAUAAUUAAUAUGGUUUACAUUCCAAUGCCAAUGCCAGGGAUUAGAGAACCGUAAGCCUGCCCUGGGAACCACUGCUCUCCUUUCUUCCAUUUAUCCAACACUGUAAAGCCAGGAACUGUCUGCACUAAAUUAACUUAUCAGCAUUAACACACAUACAAAUCUCUUUUCCCGGUAUCAGCUUUUUAAGAGCUAGUUAGUGAAGGGGUAAAGGGAAGAGAAUAAAUAAUUUUAAAACAAACACUGCAUUAAACUCACAUGUAGUUGCUUGCAAUGUUAUGGGUGCAUUUCUAAAGUGCUCAUCAUGUCCCAAAACGACAGAGCCUGAAUUCCCUUUUUUCUGUUUACAACCUAUGGAAUGUCAAUCAUUUGUUAGCUCUGAGACCUAAACAUAAGCCUAUUUCUGCUUAGAAGAAAACUAAAACAGAAUGAGGUAUUCUACCCACUGCAAGUAAACAAUAAGGAUUAAGGGCAGCCUCGCUUUCUAAAGGGAAAAUUGUGUUCCUACAUCCUGCUUCUACAUCCUUAGUCAGGUGUUCAGCUAUCCAAAUGCAGAUUUGCACUACAAACUGACUGUAGGAACACAAAGAAUGCAGGGGCCAUUUGUUGUGCCAGCAAAAUGGAUUAAAUCCUGGCUCAUUAAAAUAAAUGGCAAAUCUCCCAUUGUCUUCAGUAGCAUCAGGAUUUCAAACUAGAUGGGCAGAUGUGCCACUGAAAAUCUGACCUUAAAUCACACAGGUAAUAACAAUUAAUGGGAAGCUGCUGCUUUGACAGUGAAAGACAAAAAAAGCCAUUCAAUUUCCUUUGUCUCAGCUAUAACAUGAGACAGGGAAAGAUCAGUAAAACAGCAGCUGUCAUGGAGAGUUAUCAGCACUAUUCAGACUUGUAGAGAUACUGAAAACUAAUGAAUUUUCCAAACUUUUUUGAGAAUAAACAUAUUCUUUAGUAAAGAUCCCCUUUAUAACUAAUCACUGCCAUUUUCUUUUAACUUGGCCAGAGGUAGUCCCUGGCUCAAUAACACUGUAUGGUCAUGGAAUGAUCUGUUAGGAUGCUUUGGCUACGGUCCCAUUAGCUGCUUUCUUAAUUAAAAUGGGAAUAUAUUAACGGCGCUGAUAACACAUGCUGAGAUUGUUAUUUGCCUGAAAGAUACCUCAUACUGCAGUAAUGGGAUCACAUACGUCACAUGGGAAGUCACUCAGGGUCUCCUGCUGCAAUCUUGUCUUCACUGCACAACACCAGGUCACCCUAUUUUACAGUACUAGGUAGCUUAGCCAGCUGGGAAAGUUUAUUUUUGCUCUGUUUUUAAACAUACAAAAAUGCCUUUACCCACUAUAUGCAAAACCAAACAGUCUAAAAUAGGAGGGAGACAGAUGCACUUCAUAAGUUUUGCUGCAGAUCGUUGAUUUUGCUUGUGCUUUUGUUCAGACUUUUGGAUUGAACUGUAGCAUGUUUUUAUUCAGCUGUUGUAAGAUGAACUGUUUUGUGAUAUUAUUUCUGCAGUAAAGAAAUAG